AUGGCAGUUCUCCAACGAGCGCUGAACACAGCAGAUUACCAAAUUAGAGUGCAGUGUACCUACGACAGAGAAAGCAAUAUCGCGCGCCGCCAACGCGAUCGUGCGUCGCGGUAUUUGUUUUUGUUGGUGUUGGUGAGUAGCGGCAGCGUCGGCGGCGGCAUUACUUUUCUCAGCGCCGCACGGCGUCGCCAGUCGUGUCUCAGCACCCGACAGCAGCAGACGUGUGUGGCAGCAGCAGUGAGAGCCUUAAACCGGAUCAGGACUCAUACUCAUACCCAUACCCAGUGCCACAGCUACAGCCACAGCCACCCCCACGUCUACACUCUCUUCUACACUGAAUAA